AUGUCGCCCAUCGCUUCAUUGGGCUCCUCUCCAAACCAUGGGGAUGUUCCACCUGGAAUUAGAAAUAUUAUCUGCCUUAUGCAACAUGGAACCUGCAGACUUUUUUUCUGCCGUUCUGGUGAGAAAAAAUCUGAAAUCUGCUCUGACCCCUGGAAUAGGUGCUGCAUACCACAUUCAGAGGAAGAAAGAAAAUACAGACCAGAGAUGGACGGCAGAUCAGGCACCUAGAACGUAAGCUUCCAGAAAGCAGGCGGGAUCUUGAAGUAUGCUAAGUGUUUAGAAGAAUGUGUGACUCAUAACAGGUGCUUAACAAACAUUUGUUGAAUGAAUCCAGCAUCAAGGGUGAAGGUCUGAUAAAAGAUUUUUCCCGAAA